CGCGUCUGCUCCGGUUCGGCUCCUGUUCUGCUCCGGUUCGGCUCCUGAUGUGUCCGAGGAACAGCUGUGUUCUGAUGGUUCUCAGGUAUCUGUGCUCUCUGAACUGGACCGCUUCGCUGCGUUCAGUAGAACUCAGAGGAGAAUUUUUAUUUUUUUCAUCAAGACCAACAGAUAUUUUUGUGGACAGAACAAAACGCAGAACCUCAGGUAAAGAUGAAGAAGAGCAGAAACUUGAUGAGUCAGCAGCUCUGAGCACAGUUCAGCUCCCUCUACAGGCCGGUCUGGGAACUGCAGCUCCAGCUAACAGCUAAUGUAGAGCUCAGCGAGGCGGUCCUGAGGUCGGUGUUCAGGCUGCUGGAUGGCCACAGGAGUCAACUACUGGAGCUCUUAUGAACCCAGUUACAAGGUGAGUCACAGUGUGUGGGGAGGUGAACAGGAGUCAAGCAGCGAGGACGGAGGUGGAGGGGUCACAUGGGAAACACAAGCCAUGGAGGUCAAAGGUCAACUCAUCUCACCUGACCCUCUCACCUGUCCAGACAGGAAGCAGAGGGAGCGAAUUGUGGAGCUGCAGGAGAGGAGACGGAGUCUGCAGGCACUGCUGAGCACGCGAUUGGCUGAGCUGAGGCGCAUCUGCCUGCAGGAGGCGGAGCUGACAGGUGCAGUGCCCAGUGAGUUCCCCCUGGAGGCAGGAGAGAAGCUCCCCUGUGUACGACGAAGAGGUGGUACGUCCCGCCAUGGAACCAGGAAGUGCCGAGUGGAGGAUGAAGACUCUCAGCGGUCCAAGUUGAAGAAAACUUUAUUCAGCGGCGCUCUGAGAAAACACAACGACUCAGAACACAACACACACAACCAGACACACACACACCACGGCAAGAGGACUGUACACAGAGGCUGCCACACAGAUGACACCGUGCGGUCAGAGAGCAGCUCGACAUCGGACUCAACAGGACACGACAACGGUAACACACCUGCAUGUGUUCUGCCUCUGUGGCAACAAAAAGCUACACAGUUUAACGGUGGUUCCGACCCGACCUCACAGUUCUGUUGUGACUGGGUUCAGCUGUUCCUGGUGUUGCUGCAGCUCCCUCUGCUGGCUGGACCUUUCUUCUGGGUUCCAGCUGCCUGGUAUGAAGCCGUGGCUCAGUGUCGCCCCCCGCUGGUCUCUACCGGCUCUCCGGUGGAGGUUUUCUACCAGAACAGAACCAGGAGGAACUCAGUGCACAUCAGGACGGAGCAUCCGGAGACUCUGCAGACCCAUAAGCCCCUCCCCCUGCCUCCCCUCCCCCCUCCCCCCCCCCCCCCACGCUCUCAGGACUCCUCCUCCUCGUCCGGACCCUCCGACCCCGGAGCAGGAUUGGAGGGCGGAGUCAGGGUGAACACCGCCCGCCGCAGUAACAGCUCCGACGGCCUCCUGGACCGCAUCGCCCCCCCGGAGGAGGAGGUGGGGGCGCAGCAGGGGGGAUUGUGGGUCAACGGUGUUCCCGGGUCCAGGGGGGUGGGGCGUGGGAAAGGACGAGGAGGGACAGGCUACAGCGACGUCCUAUUGGACUACGUCUGGGGGAAACAGCAGCAGCUGCAGCGGCAGCAGUCACACGCCAGCAGGCAGCCAAUCACGUCGCAGCACCAGCUACUCUACAAUGGACACUCCUCCCAGCAGGGAGCCCCGCCCACCUACCGCAGUCACCACGGCGACCAGCGGCGAGUCACGGUGACUCGCACAAAAUCCUGCGGCCCGUUCCUCCCGGCGCAGCAGACCGAUACCCACAAUCCCCCUCUGCCUGCCAUCCAGCCCGACCCCCACCCCCACCUGCUGCCCCCCCGCCCCCCCCAGCUGCCCCCCACCCAGGACUCCCAGCUGGAGGAGGCCACUCGGAGCCUGCACAAGGCGCUCGCACUGGAAGGUCUGAGGGACUGGUACCUGAGGAACACUGUAGGCUCCUCCCACCAGACCCAGGCCAACGGUAAAGUCUCCGCUGGAGCCACCACCAAGGCCAGUGGAGGGGCCAAAGGUCAGAGCGGAGGAGGCGGGGCUCUGCAGCGCAGACGGACGACUCACAGUGUUAUCCAGCAGUCCACCUAUCAGAUGGAGACGAGCCACCAUCACGCCGCAAAGCAUCACAAACAGACGCUACCGCAGUCAGCCACAUUCCACGGCCACCCGCUGCACGGCAGGUCUGUGGAUAGCUCGCUCUACCACGACGCGUUCCCGCCUCAGAAACAGGAAGUUCCUCUCAGAGAGCCCGCGGCAGACCAGCCGUCUCCCGGGACUCUGGUCUGACUACCAACCAAUCAGGAUGCUGAGAGGCAGACGAACGAACCAAUCAGCCACCUGCAGGACUGAAAUAAAACAGCACAAGCCUCAUCCGAAACCCCGCCCACUGUGAAGUCACACAGGCAGAGAUGAUGCCACUGUUCUUGUGGACCUCAGGGCGGAGUCUCGGGAUGAAACACCAGGUGUGACUCACCUGGAACCCAGCAGGUGGACGAACUUCAUAUCAGGGACUUUAGUCAGCAGAACUGUAAAGUCAGGAGUCGAUGUUCUGCAGCCAAAGACUCACUGGAACCUGCCGGAGUUAAACAGCUUGCAUUGCUGGAGCUUACAGGGUGUGGUGAAACCUGAGGUCCUCGGCCCAAAACAGGUUCCCUCAUUCGCUGACUCAUCCAACAACCUACGAUUUGCAGCUCCGACCACCAAAAACAAUCAGCGAGUCCUCACAGUGUGACGCUGUGAUGCCUCACAAGCACAGACCAGCCAAUCAGAACACAGCUACAGACCAGCCAAUCAGAACACAGCUACAAACCA